UAUUUGUCGAUGAUUGGGAAAAUUGUAAGUUAUAACACCUCAUAUAUUUUAGUUGAGAGGCUAUUUGACUCCACACAUAAGACUUUGUUUUACAGUUCUACUGUAGGUUCGUUUAGUUUUUUAAAAACAGGUGUAUUUUCUUUGGAAAUUAUAUUUUAAUGCUGAUUUAUUUAUGUUCGGUAAUUUUCUAUUUUAGCAUUUAAUUAUGGCUGAUCCACCACAGACGUCAGUGCAGGUGUUAAAGCACAAACAUUCCAUGUUGGGGGAGAGUUUGCUACCAGUUAUUGCCAAAUUGAAGGCCUGGGACCCUGAUGCUAAUUCUGGGGAGCUGUGUAGACUCAAGAAGGGGCACCCAUUGGAGGAGUAUAGCCUGGUGCAGCUACGCACAUAGUUUGAGAGAUUGGCGGGGGAGUCGGUGAAGGAUAUAUUUGCCAUUGUGGGAAUUGAUGAAAAUUUGAAAUCAGUUAGACAGUUGGUGCACCUCACCAUCCUUCAGGCCAACUUGGUUGGCAUGCCGAAGGGCCAGGCAUUGCAAAACGAUUUGCAGGUGGGAGCUGAUAAUCAACAAGCACCCAGAACUACAGUGACACAGAGUUCUGGUGCUUCUGGCAUGUCUGGGGCUAAUGUUGAUAUAUCCAGUAGAAGUAAAGAUACUCAGAAUCUACAGGCAAACAUCCCUAGAAUGUGGCUGCCACCUGAACGCUGUAGUGUAUGUAAUCAUGUGAACGACUAUGGUUUUAAUUUUUGUCAAUCAUGUGGUCGAGACAAUCUAGGACAACAGACUGGACUAGAUAAUGGAGACGACUAUAUUGUAGAAAAGCGUUUAGAUUACUUAAAUCUUAUGAUUUCCAGUUCAGAAUACAUGAGAAAAAAGUCUGCUUUAGAAAAACAAUUUGAACUGUUUCUAAAAUCUUUGGGAAAAUGCGUUCUGACAGCCACUCCUAGGGAUGUUACACGAUUUUUUGUUCUCAAGGAUGGAAAAGGGAAAACCCAGAUUCAUGAUUUGAAUUGUAAAAAUUUGGGGAAGUUUGGUACUUUCACUUGUAACUGCCGUUGUAGAUUAGCUGCUGGCACAGUUAAGUCAUAUUUAGGACAAUUGAAAUCAAUCUUUGAAUUAAGUGGAAGGGGGAUAAAUGGUAUGAUGCCACAUCAGGUGGAAAUCCUGCUUGUAGUUUGGAGGUGAAAAACUAUUUGAAAGCCAUUCAGUUAGAACAAGCAAAAUCUCAUGUGCAGCAAAAACAGGCAAAGCCAUUAUUUCUAGGGAAGUUGAAAUCGGUAUGUGAAUAUUUGGAUGCUAGAUUACAAAAUCCAAGUUUAUCUUUAGCUGAGAAGUAUGUUGUUUUAAGAGACCAGGCAUUCUUUAAAUUGCAGUAUUUUUCAGGUGAUCGUGCUAAUGACCUUGGACUUGUCCUUAUUCAGGAAGUUAAAAGGUUUCAGGGUAGUUCUGGUAUUAUAUUUUCCCAUACUGUUGGGAAAACAUUGGGAAAUGGUAAGGUUAACGAGUUUUCAGUCUUUAGAAUGGAGGAUAAGGUUAUAUGUCCUGUUUUUGCUUUGGAGAGGUAUAUUGAGGGAGCCAAAAAUCUUGGGGUGACGAUUGAAACUGGUUAUCUUUUUCGUACUUUGAAUUUAAAUAGAACUAUGGUGUUAGAUAUGCCUGUUUCAUCAAGUACAAUGAAUGAUAGGUUGAAAAAAUAUCUUACAAAGCUUUGUUUGUAUGAGGGUGAAACCCCCCAUGGGAUUCGUGGGGGCAUGUGCAAUAACAAUGGCACUAUCAGGGAUAAACACGCAUGACGCCAUGGACCAUAUAGGUUGGUCAUCAAAUAGCUCUUUCAAGAGAUAUAGCAGAAUUUCAAAGAUGGUUGGUAGAGGAUCAGUUGGCUCUUUGAUGAGGAAUAUUGUCCAAAAUAAUAAUCCUGUUGAAUCUGUAUUUGAGUCUCUAAGUACAACAAAAGAUUUUUGAGUUAGACACCAUGUUUUUUGGUUUAAAUGUGUAGUGUUACGAUUUUUGUAAUCCUUGGGAAAUAACUUCAAAAAUUUUAACAUCAAGAAUUUGAUAAAUUUUAACAUUUAGAAUCUAAUAAGAUUUUCUAUCUAUAUACCGAGAGAAGUUUGUUUUUACAGAUGUUUGCUGGUGAUUGUUUCCUUAAUAUUUUCAAGGUCCUUUGUUCAUGUACUAAAUUUCUACUUUCUUUUAUGUUUAUUUCAAAGGUUAAUAUUUUGCAACAUUAAUAUGAUUUUUUCAAUAUGUUUAUAAUUAUUUUUGUGUUGGAUCAUCUUGAAGAACUUUUAUAGUACAUGAUUUUCCCGGUAUAUUUUACUUUUCCGGAGCAUCUCGGUUAUUAUGGUUAUCUUGAAGCUCUGCAGCAAACAUCUUUAUUAUAAAAGUAUAAUGGAAAAGUUUUGAUAAUAAAAUAUUUCAUUCUAGGGUGUGAUACUUUGAUGAUUUUAUUUAUCUCCCUUAGAUUAUAGUCUGUACAUGUUAGUUUA